AUGAGCUAUAAUAGCAGAAACGAGCGGUUUCCUGCUGGCCCAGCUGGUAAUGUUGAUAAUAGAGGCUACAGAAGCAGAGAAAGCAGAGGAAAUAGAAGGGUAAACAAUGGAAGCAGAUUUCAGGGAGACUCAGGGUCAAGAUAUGGAGGAGCUAGAGAAGGGUUUAGAAGUGGAUCCGGAAGUUAUAGGAAUGGUAGUGGACGCUUUCAACAAGACGACUUAAGGCGGUCUGGAAACAAUUAUAAUAAUUGGAAUGAGUCGGAUGUGGACCGAACCCAAGUGUUACCUCUAAGCCAACGUCGGCGGCUUCGCUCGACGCUUUGGGAUAGAGCGCCCAAAGGUUUUGAGAAAGUGCCUGCAGAAAGAGCUAAACUAUCUGGGCUUUUUCCGCUGCCUGGGCAGCCCCAGGACUUAGACCACUCUAAGCUCGAAGGUAUCGUUUCUAGUGGAGUAUUGACUCGUCGUACAAGAAUUUUGUUUGAGGACCCUACCAAGGUCAACAUGAGCAAAACCAAGUACAAUCAAAUUUUGAUAUUGACUGCUGUAGGAUCUAGCAAGCCUGAAAUGAACGAGGUGGUGAGAUAUAUUGAGACUUUUAUCAAAAGCCUCGAUGAGACUCAGGAGCUUAAGAAGCAUAAGCUACUACAAGACAACAGGUUGUUCCUACACCUCAGCAGUGAAGAGAUCACUACUUUAAUCCUGAGUUGUCAAAAGUACAUUGAAGCUAAGACCCAUUGCAAGUUCAUUUGGCAACGACCAGGCGAGUGUAUACGUAAGGCUGAACAAGAAGACGUCAUUUGUGGUGGCCAAGUAAUAGCGCUACUAGAUUUGGACGUUUCUGACGAGAAUAUCCUCAAGGACAACUUGAACAAGAACGGCAUAGAGUUCGAAUGGCUGAAGCUUAUUCACCUUGAAAAAACUCAAGAGUUUACCGGUACCGCACUUUUGGAUCCGAAAAGCUGGAAAAAUGACUUUUCUAAGUACAAAUGGAUACGACCCAAUGAUUCUAAGCUACAUCAAAACUUUACCGAAAUUACUUUUCAGCAACUCCCUCAAUUGGUAGCACGUCAGGAUCAUGGAGCUUCGAAGGUUGUAGUCCUACUAAACUGCGUAGAUGGCAAAGAUCUUAAGAACGAAGACUUUGUUAAAGAACUUUAUGACUGCAUGACCAAAUCGGAGACUAUGACAUCUUUGGGUGAGAUCGAAAGUGUCAAAAUUCCCAAACCAGGUGCUGAUUACCGAACAACUUUCGAAACGAUAGAGGAAAGUAUCGGCAAGAUAUUUGUCAAAUUCAAAGACGUAGAAAGCGCUCGCUCUGCUAUGCAGAAACUUCCAGGCCGACAAUUUAAUGAUAGGUCUGUGAUGUGUGCAUAUUUUAGCGAACGGGACUAUAAUAUGGAUAUAUUGUGA